ACAAAUACCCGGAUGAGCCGGCAAGUGCAGAAAUUUCCAGAAGAUUCGGCGAGCUGAGAGCGUGAGAACCGCCGACACUGCAGCUCUCCAUCACCUCACACCGCGAGCAUAACCCUGAGCCCUCACCAGAUACUGAAUUGACAAAAUGGUGAAAGAAACUGCGUUCUAUGACCUGUUGGGGGUUAAAACCACUGCAAGUUCAGAUGAACUAAAAAAGGCAUACAGAAAACUUGCUUUGAAAUACCACCCAGAUAAGAAUCCAAAUGAAGGUGAAAGGUUCAAACAAAUUUCGCAAGCUUAUGAAGUGCUCUCUGAUGUGAAAAAACGAGAGCUCUACGACCGAGGUGGUGAGCAAGCUAUCAAAGAAGGUGGAACAGGUGGGGGUGGUUUUGGCUCACCAAUGGACAUCUUUGAUAUGUUCUUUGGUGGAGGAGGAAGAAUGCACCGAGAAAGGAGAGGGAAAAAUGUGGUCCACCAGCUUUCUGUGUCAUUGGAAGACAUGUACAAUGGUGCUACUAGGAAGCUAGCGUUGCAAAAAAAUGUGAUCUGUGAGAAGUGUGAAGGUCGUGGUGGUAAAAAGGGGUCAGUGGAAUGCUGCCCUACCUGUCGAGGAACAGGUAUGCAGGUGCGAAUCCAUCAAAUUGGGCCAGGCAUGGUUCAGCAAAUCCAGUCUGUGUGUCAAGAGUGCCAUGGCCAAGGGGAACGCAUUAGUCCUAAGGACCGUUGUAAAAACUGCAGUGGAAGAAAAAUUGUUGUGGAAAAGAAGAUUUUGGAAGUGCACAUUGAUAAAGGUAUGAAGGAUGGUCAGAAACUGACAUUCCAUGGUGAAGGUGACCAGGAACCAGGGCUGGAACCUGGAGAUAUCAUUAUUGUUCUCGAUCAAAAGGACCAUAGUGUUUUCACUAGGCAAGGGGAAGACCUUGCAAUGCAAAUGGAACUUGAGCUAGUGGAGGCUCUUUGUGGAUUUCAACGCCCAAUUACAACUUUGGAUAAAAGGACUAUAGUCAUUACAUCACAUCCUGGCCAGAUUGUCAAACAUGGGGACAUCAGGUGUGUGCUGAAUGAGGGCAUACCCAUUUAUCGCAGACCAUAUGAAAAAGGACGUCUAAUUAUUCAGUUCAAGGUGAACUUCCCUCAGAAUGGAUUCAUUCAGAUGGAUAAACUGGGUCUCCUGGAAAAACUGCUCCCUGCACGACAUGAGAUUAAUGUUACAGAUGACAUGGAUCAAGUGGAUUUAGUGGAGUUUGAUCCACAGCAGUCUAGGCAUCGCUACAAUGGAGAGGCAUACCAUGAUGAUGAUGAUGAUCAUCCCAGAAGUGGGGUUCAAUGUCAGACCUCUUAAAAACUGACUCCCAAAUUGUUUGCAUUUGUGGAAGUGUGAAGAUUGCAACCCAAGUAAUUUUUACAUGUUUGCUAUCUGUUGCAAUUGAAAAUUGCAAUUGCUUUUCUGUAAGGUGUGUUCAUGUUUCUUAUUGAUUAAAGUGCAUUCUAACAGCCAUUAUUUAAAAUAAAGGAAACUACUUACUGU